AAAAAGCAUGGAGAAGAUUUCGAAACAAGGCGACCCUGCGUGCAGGGAGCCGACGGUCCGUUUGUAAGUGCCGGGAUGAGCUUCGUGCCUGCUUUUGCUGUGUAAAAAGCCCACGCAGAGGAGAAAUGGAGAGACAGCAGGAAAACGCAACAGACCAUCGCUGACACCGUGAAGACGUAGAAUUUAUUCGGAGUUAAUCCUGUUACCCGGAGGAUUUUAAAUACCUGCCGGUGCGAUGAGCGCUGCGGAAAACUCCGCAGAAAGCGACUCCAGCAGUAAACUGGAGUCUGUGAUCCAGAGGCUGGAGGAGAGCGUUCUGUCUGAGGAGAAGAGGCUGACAGUCCGGGGUCCAUCACCUGAUGCCCCCCCUACAUGUCUGCCAGCACGAGUGCGAGAGAUUGUGACAAAGAACCUCAGCGACAACGCAGGGGCCAUGUCCUCGGUCAUGUCCCUCCAGGAGGAGAACCGAGUACUGCAGGGGGAACUGGCGAGGUUGGAGGACCUGCUGGCACACAGCAGAGCCGACCGAGACGAGCUCGCCAUCAAGUACGGUGCAAUCAGUGAGAGGCUGGAGCAGGCGCUGCGUUUUGAAACAGGGGACGAAGACCACGAUUCACCAGAGUCACGCAGCUUGGCUCAGCAGAAUGUGGAUUUGCGCAGGCGGCUGGACGAGGAACAGGCGGCCUACAAGCGCAAACUCACUGCAUACCAGGAGGGGCAGCAGAGGCAGGCGCAGCUCGUGCAGAAGUUGCAGGCCAAGGUGCUUCAGUAUAAAAAGAGGUGUGGUGAUCUGGAUCAGGCGCUGCAGGAGAAGUCAUCAGAGUUGGAGAAAAACAGUGGUCACAGCGAAACAUCGAAUGGUCGCCAUCAAGAUGAAGCAAGCAGCAACCUGGAGGAUGCUUUAAUCCGUCUGGAGGAGGAACAACAAAGGAGCAGCAGUCUGUCUGCAGUGAAUGCAAUGCUGAGAGAGCAGUUGGAGCAGGCUGGUUUGGCCAACGAGGCUCUCAGCCAGGACAUCCGCAGGCUCACUGCUGAUUGGACAAAAGCCAGAGAGGAGCUAGAGCAAAAGGAGUCUGACUGGAGGAGAGAAGAAGAGUCUUUCCACAGCUACUUCAGCAGCGAGCACAGCCGACUGCUGACACUGUGGCGACAAGUGGUCGGGUUCAGGAGGCAUGUCUGCGAAAUGAAGAGCACCACUGAAAGGGACCUGUCAGAUAUGCGUAAUGAGCUGGCUCGGACGUCCCACUCUGCUCAGGUGUCCUGGGCCGGUCUGUGUGCCACGCUGCAAAGUCGGGAGGGAGGAGCAGUUCUGGCUCUGGAGCAGGAGAAAGCUCUGAGGGUUCAGCUGGAGCAGCAGCUGAGAGGUCGAGUGGCAGAGAUGAUGAGCUUUCAGAGCAGGAUGGACGCAGAGAGAAGCGAGCUCAACGUCAGGUUGUCCGAUUUGGUGCGAGAAGGGGAGAGACUAAAGGGACAAAUUGAAGAGCGUGACAGAGAAAUUGUAACACUAACGAGGAAGCUCGAGGAGCAGAGCGGCAGUGAUGAGACUGACAUGCAGAUGAUGAGGACUCACACUGAGACGCUGUUAGACACACUGCGGGACAUCGCUCAGACGGUUUCAGCAGACGGAGAGUCGUCAUCGUCAGAAGCAGAUCAGGACAAUUCUGGGGCUCUGAUUCGUGACUCUUUCCCUCGAAGGCCGUCCUCUCCCACUCGACCCUCCUCGCUGUCUCCUCUCCCAGAGGCGGCGCUGUCUGCUCUCCGCUCUGCAGUCACAAACAAGACACUCCAGCUGCAGGAUGCUCGAAGCCGUCUGCUCUCUGCUCAGUCAUCUGUGCAGCAGUUACGAAAACAGCUUUCUGAGUCCGAGUCGGCUAAAAGAGACGCAGAACAGAGAAGCCAAACUCUGCAGCGGGAGAGGGACGCCGCUCAGAGAGAGAGAGAGGCCGCGCUGCGAGAACGGGACCGUGUGAAGCAGGAGAGAGACACGCUGGCCAGCGAGAAGGUGAACCUGGAGAAGACAGUGCAGGCUGCGCAGAGCAGCAGCCAGCUCCUGCAGAUGGACUGCGAGAAGCUUCAGCUGACCGUGGCGUCCGUGCAGCGAGAGCGAGACCACGAGAGGGAGGAGAAGGAGGCUGUCGUGCAGGAGAGAGACCGGGCGAAGGCAGAGACGCUGCGGGUACAGAAGCAGUUGGAUCAAAGCGAGAGUCGAGCCUCUGCUCAGCGUGGCGAGUUGUCUGCAGUGAGGGAGACUCACCAGCAGGGGGAGGUUCAGAGGCAGCUGCUGGAGCAAGAAAAAACACAGCUGUCUGAGGCGCUGGCUCGGGCUGAAAGCAAAAACACGGAGCUCUGUCUGCUGCUUAACAAGCUCCAGUCUGAGGAUGCAGCUCUCAGAGACUCUCUGGCAAAGAUGGGCAGCAUGAACGAGGGUCUGGCACAGGACAAAGCAGCCUUGAACACCUACAUCCUCAAGCUCGAGGAGGAGAAAGCCGUCCUGCAGGCUCAGAAACGCGACGCUGAGCAGGAAAAGCUGACCAUCAGAGAUGAGCUGGUCCGGCUGGAGCAGGACAGGCUCGAGCUGGAGUCCGCCCGCAUCACACUGCAGCAGUCGCUGCAGGACGCCGAGCUAAGCCGCGUGGGGAUCGAGGCUGAGCUCCAGAGUCUCAGGGCUGAGAGACUUAAGCUGCAGGAGAAAGUCACCCAGCUUUGUGGUGAGGUGACCUCUUUGGGUUCUGAGUUAAGUCUCGCUAGAGGAGAAGGCCAGAGGAACGAGGUGGCCUUGGAGGAGGUCGGCCGCAGUCAGGCAGAGCUGGCCCGGGACAAAGCGGCCCUCGUGGUUCAGCUGACAGCAUCUGAGAGGGAAAAUGCCAUGCUGUCUGAGGAACUGGCUGCUUUCAGGUCGGAGCGCGAGUCCCUGGAGACCAGCCUGUUCGAAGUGCAGCAGCAGCUCGUUCAGGUGGAAACUCGCAGAGAGCAGCUGGAGACAGAGAACCAAACCCUCAGAGUCCGCUGUGAGACGGCUGCAGCUGAACUGAGGCGCGUUCGCUCAGACGGGGAGAUUGCGUUGGCCCAGACUGAGCGGGAGAAGCAGACUCUGAGUCAGACUUUAAAUGCAGCACAGCUGGAGGCGCAGCAGGCCUUGCGCAAGGCCUCCUCUGAGCAUCAGGAGGAGGUGGAGAGACUGGUCUCAGAAAAGGAAGUUGUGCGGCACAGCUUGCUGAUGGAGCAUGAGGUCACGCUGAGAAAGCUCAGGCAGGAGAUGGAAGAUCAGCUCAGCAGAGCAAAGAGAGAAAAAGAGGAGCUGCAGGAUGAAAUGCGGACUCUGCAGCACGAUAGAGAUCAGUGUCUCCUCCAGGCUGAGACGGAGAAACAACAGGCUCUUUCUUUGAAGGAAGCAGAGAAGACGGUUUUGUCUGAGCGGGUUUCCAGUCUGCAGGCUGAACUGUCAGCUGCAGCCCUCGAGACCGAGCGAGUGGCCAGAGAAGCAGCUCAUUACAAAGAGCAGGAACAGAUCAGAGUCGGCGCUCUGACCAGCGAGGUGCUGGAGCUUCGCUCUCAGCUGGAGGAUGCAGCCUCUGCUCAUGAGAGGGAGCUCCACAGUCUACAAGAGACAUGUACUGAUCUCCGCUCGCGUGCUGACAUCGCUCUCAAAGAGCUGGAGCAGUGCAGAGCCGCCCUCGCAGCCACAGAGGAGAGCCGAGACCAGCUGAGGCGGGACUUGUUGGAGACUGAACGCCGCCUGAACCAAACUCAGGACUCAGCAGAGAGCUACAGGAGAGAGGGCACAGAGCUGCGCCGUGGCUUUAGUGAUGUCACCAAGGAGAGAGAGGCUCUCAGCCAAUCAAAUACUUACCUGAGAGAAACUCUGCGAAGUGCAGAAACUGAAAGGAUCAGUGUGAAGCGACAAUGUGAGGAGAAGGAGCAAAAGCUGUCUGUGCUGGAGGAGAAUUUGUCUUCCACUCAGAAGGAGGUGACAGAGCUGCGGAGCUGCCUGAGAGAAGUUGAGAGAUCACGACUGGAGGCUCGGCGAGAGCUGCAGGAGCUCCGCAGACAGCUGAAGGUCCUGGAUGGAGAGAAGGAGCAGAAAGAGAGGGAGGUGGCAGAGCUGCAGACUCGCCUGUCGCUGGAGGAGCAAAGAGACGAGGAGAGAGGAAAAGAGGUUUUCACCCUCAAACAGAAGCUGGCUGAAGCCGAAACAGCCAGAGAGUCCCUCAAGAAAGAACUUUCCAUGACUCAGAAGCGUCUGCUUGAGUCUGAGUCGGGCUGGCGCAGCUGCGAGAGAGAGCUGACCGCUCAGCUGCAGGAGGCUCGAAGCUGCGAGAAGAAGCUCCAGGACGAAGCUAAGAACUUGUCCCUGCGUGCUCAGACGGCCCAGGACUCCGCCGCUCACUGCAGCCUGCAGCUGAGCGAGGCGCAGGGCCGGCUCGCCGCCACUGAGUCGGAGCUGACCCGAGCCGAAGCCACGAGGAGGGACCUGGAGUUUCGUCUGAGCAGCCUGCAGUCGGCGCUGACGCGGACGCUGGGCAUUGGAGCAAGUGGCAGAGGACCCAGGGGGAGGAGCCCAGGAGGGAGCUCCACAUCACCUGGCAGCAUGUCACGCCACCACAGCAUCUCACCUCUGCGCUCCUCGCUGUCGCCUCCUAAAGAAAUUCGAGGAAGCACCCCUGACAAUACUUUGGGCUCAGGCGCUGUAUCUCCUGAGAGAGGGGAUACACCGGUGCCUCUUCUUCAGUCAGAGCUGGACUCCGAGACUGUGCGAAGCGGUCUCAGAGACUUCCUCCAGGAGCUGCGUGAUGCACAGAAAGAGAGGGAUGAUGUCCAUUGCCAGCUGGGGUCCGUGCAGCGGGAGCUGGAGGAGCUGAAGGUGGAGCGGGACUCUGCUAUGAGUCGACUCACUCAGCUGCAGUACUCCAUGCAGGAGUACCAAGAAGGGAAGCGUGGACUGGAUGAGCGCCUCACCACCACCCAGAUUUUGCUCCAGCAGCAAGAGGAGGCGGUGAGGAGAGGAGACAGAGAGCGGCGAGCUCUCAGCGACCGGGUGAAGGAUUUAGAGCGAGCGCUGCAGGCCUCUGAGACGGAUAAGAAGCACAUACAGGAUCAGUUAAAUAAGCAGCGUGCUGCCGAAAUCCGUCUGGAGGUGGAGAGGAAGCGCCUGCGGGAGGCGCUAGAGGCAGCUGAAGCUCGAGCCACCAGGGUGGAGCUGGGGAGGCGCAGUCUGGAGGGGGAGCUGCAGAGACUCAAGCUGAGCCUGGGAGACCGAGAGGCUGAGAGUCAGGCCUCCCAGGAGCGCCGUGACUCUCUCGUCAAACAGGUUACUGAAGGAGAAGCCCGCGUAGCUCUGCUGCAGAGAGAGGUGGAGAUGCUGAGCCAGGCUCUGCUCAAAUCUCAAGAAGGUGAAACUUUACUCAGAGAAAAAAUCACUUCUCUCAACCAGACGAUUCAGGAGGCGGCGGCCCUUCAGAGCAGCACGCAGGGUCGUAUGGCUGCCCUGCAGAAGACGCUCAGCAUGGCUGAACAGGACAGAAGGCUCCUGCAGGAACAAAUGGAUGCAUCACGAGCGUCAUUAGCUGAGGCGAGGAGAAACACGGCCACCCUCACUGAGCGCGUGCAGAGCCUGCAGACCGAGCUGACCGAGAGUGAGCUGCGGCGAGAAGAAGUAGAGUCUGAGCUGAAGAGCGCUCAGGAGGCUCUGCGACAGCGCUCAGCCAGUCUUGCGGAGGCUCAGCGCAGCGCCCAGUCGGCUCAGACAGAGCGGGCCGCUGUGGAGGAGCGGCUACGUGCGCUGCAAAGAGCAGUUGCCAUGCUGGAGACGGAGAAAAAAGAUGCAGAGAGGCAGGCUGUGAGGCUGGAGAAAGACAAGAACGCACUGAGAAACACACUGGACAAGGUUGAACGUCAGAAGCUGAAGUCUGAGGAGGGCACGAUGCGGCUGUCUGCAGAGAAGAGUCGCCUGGAUCGCUCUCUAAACACAGCCGAGCAGGAGCUGCAGGAAGCGCAGCAGCAGAUACUGAUGCUCCAGGUAGGGAACGGCCGCUGAUGGAGGCAAAAGACGACCAAACUGCUGCCGAAUCCUGCUGAAAGAUUUUGUUUAUUUAGCUGUGGCUGGACACGUCUACUGGAAGUGAGGGUUUUGUGCAGAAAGAGCGGGCGAGAAGAAAACCAAGCAGAUGUUUCACAGUGAGAAAAUAAACCUGAGUUCUCAACUUUUUGACUUGAGCAAUGAGCUUAAAAAGAGCUUAAAAUUAUUUUUUUUAACAUGCAAGGUGACAUAAAUGUGUAAUAAUCUACAUUUUUUCCGUGGAUGUAAAAAAACAAGAUUAGUUUUAAUGUUAUAUUGUAAAGUUUAAGUCCAUAAAGUGACAUCUGAGUAAUUUUCGAUAAACGAUUGGACCAAAGACAUGAGAUAGUUUUGGGAAAACUUCAUUUUAAUGAUGCUAAAGUCUUAACUAUGUUUUUCUAUUUACCACAUACAUGCCAAAAACAAGCAAAUAAAUUAAGCUGCAGCGGGUUUUGGAGGAAUUUUGAAACGCUCAUUAAAGUUGUUUAUCUCAGGUCGGUUUAACAUUUCAGACUUCUCCUCUUUUCUCCUCAUUCAAGCCAAACUUUUCCCAAGCUGCAGAAAUGUGCUUUAACCCUCGCAGUAAAUCCCAAAGCUUUAACGUUCGCUGCAGAGUUUUAAAGACUGUGAGGCUAACAGCCGUGUUUGGAGACUUUUUUUUUGUUGCGCAUUCUUCGAUUGCUGAAGUCUUAAAAAGAGGAAAACACUUUGUGUUGUGUGACCUGAUUCCUGCUGGAGGUUUGUUUGCGUGAACCAUCACUGAUUUGGUGGAGGACUCCACCCAGGUGUCACUAGAUACCAGAUAAUUUCAUUUCUUUGAAUUUACUUUAUCAGGUUCACAGAUCUGGAAUCAGAUUUGGACAUGACUUUAUUAGACUAUUAUUUAUGUAUUAUGUACUAUUAUCUUUCAUUAGGAUGAUUCACGUUUCUCGCAUUUUGUCUUGCA